AUGUUGGUCGAGCUCGUCAAGGGGGAAGUCAGCAAGAUAUCAGCUUUACGCUCAGCUCCCCACACGAAGCUACUCCAGUUUUCCAUGGAUAUCUGCUUGGUUGCUUUGGGUGUUCGAACUGCGUACUUGGUCGAUGCUCUUACUCCUCCAGAUCCAGUGUCUGUUUUCACCUCUUUGCUAAAGAGUCUUCGCUUAAAGAGCCAGCUUUUCGGGGACGUGUUCUUGUUGAGUGUUCCCAUGCACAUGCAGACCUUUUUCGUCCGAAGAACGGUUCUGCUUGAGUACACACUGCUCAACUUCCCUUCGUUCGUCCUCUUGGAUCAAAAUUUGACAGUGUCUCUGUCGGAGCCAGACGGUCUGAGAGAUAUUCUCUUGAACUGGAACUGCGAGAUACUGCGACAUGGAGGACUGUCAUACUCCUUGCCGGACGACUUAACGCAGGAGUCCCUUAUUCCCCUCGCAGGAGUCCUCCUCGACUAUCCAGUAGCCUACGUUCCCGUAUCAGUACAUCAAAGCACCUUUCUGGACGGAGAGCCCCUGGAUGUCUAUGAAGUCGCGGUCGAUAAUCCUUCCAGGGACUUUUCCUCGACACCUGUCACGUCUGAAUUCGUCUUCAUCAAAUUUUCAUGUCCACGAAGGGUCGGGGAAAAGGAUUCCUCGCUCUCACCUUCGUGUCUGCUCUUGUUGCUGAAGCAUAAAUUCGGAUUUCGGCUCGAGAAUAUUGGGGAGAGUGUAUCUAUCAGGCAUUACACGGAGAAGCUCGACCGGGUGGCACUUUGA